GCACCCUCAUCACCUCAGUCUGAAGAAGGUUCUGAUAUUGACUCUGAACCAGACCUACCCUUGAAGAGGAAGCAACGGAGAAGUAGAACCACAUUUACAGCAGAACAGCUGGAGGAACUGGAGAGAGCUUUCGAAAGAACUCACUACCCUGAUAUUUAUACCCGAGAAGAACUGGCUCAAAGAGCGAAGCUUACUGAGGCACGAGUACAGGUAUGGUUUAGUAAUCGUCGUGCCAGGUGGAGAAAGCAAGCAGGAGCCAAUCAACUAAUGGCAUUUAACCACCUGAUCCCAGGGGCAUUUCCACCUGCAGCCAUGCCAGCUUUGCCAACCUACCAGUUAUCGGAGACAUCGUACCAGCCUACUUCAAUACCGCAAGCUGUCUCUGAUCCUAGCAGCACACUCCACAGGCCUCAGCCUCUCCCUCCGAGCAGUGUUCACCAAAGCAGCCUUCCAUCUAACCCUGAAAACAGCUCGGCCUACUGCCUGCCCAGCGGCCGCCAUGGAUUUUCCAGCUACACAGACAGCUUUGUACCCCCAUCCGGGCCUUCCAACCCCAUGAACCCCACCAUUGGCAAUGGCCUUUCACCUCAGGUAAUGGGUCUUCUGACUAACCAUGGUGGAGUGCCUCAUCAGCCACAGACUGACUAUGCCUUAUCUCCACUAACCGGGGGUCUUGAACCCACCACUGCUGUAUCAGCAAGUUGUAGCCAGAGACUAGAACAUAUGAAGAGUUUGGAUAGUCUAUCAACAUCUCAGUCAUACUGUCCGCCAACCUACAGCACAUCGGGAUAUAGCAUGGAGCCUGUAACGGGAUAUCAGUAUGGCCAAUAUGGACAGAGUGCCUUUCAUUAUUUGAAACCAGACAUUGCAUAG